ACACAUGGUAGUUAUACUGCAUCAGCAAGGUCUUUUCAAGGCAGACAGGGGUUUCCAGAUGUGCUAUUCAAGCUCUUUUGUUGAAGCACAAAGAAACCGACAACGUUGGGGACCACAGACACCAUGGUCAGCCAAAGAAACUUUCUGCAGAAUGUGAAAGACACGUCAUGCUUACUUCACUCCUCAAUCAGAAGAUGCCCAGCGGUGCCAUCAGCUCAGAUCGAGCCGAAAACAGUGGAACCCUGGUACACCCAUCUGCUGUCCGAAAGAGGUCUGGUGUCAGAAGUGGCCUUCAUGGAAGACUUGGGCCAAAAAGCCAUACCGCCGACAUGGAGACAAGACCAAGCAACUAAACUAAGCACAAAAACACGGGAACUGGGGUGCAGAAAAGUGUCAGCAGGCUGCAGCGCCCUUUGGUGCUUCCCCUGCAUGCAGUGUCAGACAGCCUCUAAACACGGCUGGUGCUGUUUCUGCAUUCCACCCAUGGACGUCUGUUGUGUGGUGUCCUGCAUCCUCCGCUCUGAGAUUAGACAGCGCCACGGGAUCCCAGGCUCGUGCUGUGAUGACUGCUGCAAAUUAUUGUGGUGUUACGUGUGUGUUUGGUGCCAGAUGAAUCGUGAGGUAAAGAUCAGAGGCCGCCGUCCGGUCAGCACCUCAGUGGUCACCACACAGGUCAUGACUCGAUAGGACGCAACCGUUUUGGUUGAGCGCAUAUGACAUGUUAUUAUUGCCAACAUUUUUCUUAUGCUCUUAUGUUAAAAUCAUAAAAGGAAAAAAAGAUUUUGACUAAACAUACCUACAACAGCCUACAACUCAAAAUGCAUAGUUUUGCAUCACAUCAUGUACACCAACAUACAUUUAUAAUAGUGAUCUGCUGUUUGUAGUGGCUGGAUUUUGCUUUUUUCUUUAGAAUUAAUGUUGCUGAUCAAAGACUGUUAAAGCCAGAUGUUUUGAGAUAAAUGUUAGCAUGUUGCAUGUUAAUACUGCAUGAUGUCAGGUUCAUGUCCGACCUUUGAUUCACUCAGGCCAAUAAAACAUUGCUAUUUCAGUUAAA